CUCUUCAAAGCUGGCGCUUGGAAGUUAGGGGAGAGCGCCGCUGACGUGGUAGCCGCCGCCGCUUUCGCCGGGGGAUAAUAAGCCGGGAUCUACCAUACGCAUUGAUUAACUAUGGAAGACUAUACCAAAAUAGAGAAAAUUGGAGAAGGUACCUAUGGAGUUGUGUAUAAGGGUAGACACAAAACUACAGGUCAAGUGGUAGCCAUGAAGAAAAUCAGACUAGAAAGUGAAGAGGAAGGAGUUCCUAGUACUGCAAUUCGGGAAAUAUCUCUAUUAAAAGAACUUCGUCAUCCAAAUAUAGUCAGUCUUCAAGAUGUGCUUAUGCAGGAUUCCAGGUUAUAUCUCAUCUUUGAAUUCCUUUCCAUGGAUCUCAAGAAAUACUUGGAUUCUAUCCCUCCUGGUCAGUUCAUGGAUCCUUCACUUGUUAAGAGUUAUUUGUACCAAAUCCUACAAGGGAUUGUGUUUUGUCACUCUAGAAGAGUUCUACACAGAGACUUAAAACCUCAAAAUCUAUUGAUUGAUGAUAAAGGAACAAUUAAACUGGCAGAUUUUGGCCUUGCCAGAGCUUUUGGAAUACCUAUUAGAGUAUAUACACAUGAGGUAGUAACACUCUGGUAUAGAUCUCCAGAAGUAUUGCUGGGGUCAGCUCGCUACUCAACUCCAGUUGACAUUUGGAGUAUAGGUACCAUAUUUGCUGAAUUAGCAACUAAGAAACCACUUUUCCAUGGGGAUUCAGAAAUCGAUCAACUCUUCAGAAUUUUCAGAGCUUUGGGUACUCCCAAUAAUGAAGUGUGGCCAGAAGUGGAAUCUUUACAGGACUAUAAGAAUACAUUUCCCAAGUGGAAACCAGGAAGCUUAGCAUCCCAUGUCAAAAACUUGGAUGAGAAUGGCUUGGAUCUGCUACAGAAAAUGUUAGUCUAUGAUCCUGCCAAACGAAUUUCUGGCAAAAUGGCACUGAAUCAUCCAUACUUUAAUGAUUUGGACAAUCAAAUUAAGAAGAUGUAGCUUUCUGACAGAGUUUCCAUGUGUUGUGUCGAGAACAGAUAGCUGUAUUUUUACUGUUAACUGUUUUUGUCUUGUGUAUUUUUCUUUUCUUUGUUGUAAAAUUUAAGCUGUGCCUCAUCUUCUGAUUUCAAAAGUGUAACUUAAAAAUGUAAAUACUGUUCCAUAUGAAUUUAAAUAUAAUAAUUCUGUAUAUGUUUGUAGAUCCCACCGUAACAACUAUUUGUUACUAUAAUAAAACUAUAUAAAUCUAGUAUUGAUGUCAGGAAUUGGGAAAAAUUUGAGUUAGCUUAAAUCAUCUAAAACCCUACAGCAGUCUGCUUUUCCUGUAGUUGGAAAUACUAAACUUUAGGAAAGUGUGCUAAGUUGAAAAUUCAUAAUGCUUUGAAGUAUUUUUAUGCUCUGAAUGUUUAAAUUUUCUUGUCAGUUUCUUGCCAUGUGGUAACUCUACAACCUGCCCAAGGAUGAAUAUUUUUCUACUGGUAUUUCAAUUCGUGACCUAAAUGUUUAGGCAUUCAGAUGAGAAAACUAUCCAGAUUUGAGAACUGAUGCUUAAUUUAGAGACGUUUUUAGUGACUUAUAAAACUCACAUUAGCGUAUGCCAAAGUUUGCUAAGUUUUACAGUCAGAGAUUAAGGGCUGUCCACAGCAGGGAAGAACAGUUUAGAAAAUUUAUGAGCUAUCCUAUUUUUAAGUAGGUUAUGAAAGUUAUUUUGAAAGUCUGAGUGAAUUCUUGUGCCUUGGUCAGAGGUAAUAACUAUAUGAAGGAGUUGCUUAUCUUGACUUUCAAGCCUGACUAUAAAGCUCGGUUUGUAAAUUUUGACAUAGUUUAGUUUAUUAGCAGCCUUCUUAGAAGGUUCUAAUGUAAAAUUAUUUAGCUAAAAUCACUAGCUUUGGGAAUUGUUUAAUUAAUAAUGCUGCUCAUUGUGACUUUUACCCAUAAGCAGGCUAAUUUAUUUGUUAUAGCCAAGAGAAAUGUCUCUGAAAAUAGUUUUAUCAUUUUUAGUGUACAUCUAUCCAUUGUCUGCCCAUAUACUCUAUUUUUCCUCCUGGUUACCUAUGGCUAGAAUGGGCAUUCUUGUGUGACUGAUCCAGUUGAUUGAACAUGUAAUGGGUGAUCUACCUAAUCUUGUUGUCUUAGAAUUUUUGCACUUGAGGAGAAAGGAUGGGUCACUUUCUUUGGCAACAGGGCUUAUAAGUUGAGAGGUUUGGUGGCCUUGUUCUAGGUCCUUUGGUGGAAGCCAGCCUGCAGUAAGGGAAUGCAGAGCUUGGAAGUCAUUUGAGGUCAUACUGUGGAGAGAUUUCAUGGCGGGAAUUUGUUACAUGAAAGGUCACACCAAAGAUUUAAUUGAGAUGGUGAAAUGGUGUAUCUACAGAAUUGUGUUUUCUUACCUAUGAAGGGAAGUAUUGAAGUGAGUCUACUUUUCAAAUUGUGCAUUGCAGCCCUUUAGCGGUUCAGGAUCAGCAUUAAUCAAUGAUACCUUCCCCCCGCCCUCCCCCCCGAAACUAUCGGUGUGUCUUAUAUAAUUACUUCUUGGUAUUUUUGUCUCAAUACUAUAUAGAUACACUGGUGUCACCAAUGUUUGGGGCCUUGUGGACUUGGUAGAAGCAGCACGCAUCCUCACUGCUAUGGUUCCAUGCAGUCUAAUUGUUGGAAAAGUCAGUAAGUCAUCCAUUGAGAACCUACUUAGGGGACCAGGGAAAUGAGAUGGUAGAACACUGCCAACAGUUGCUGUAAUGAGUGACCUCCUUUCCAUCCUGCUCCAGCUAUCUGUGUAGUCCCGUGUAGAGUGUUUACGUCAGCUUCACUGACUGGGUGAAGAGCUACUGAAUUGGGUCCUCAUCUCAUGCGUAUUUUUACAUUGGCUUGUGCUAUGGUGCUCUGAUUAAUUUUAAAGUGGAUCUUUUCCCUGAGCCAAUAGUUCUUAUAUUUGUUGUCUGCUAGAAACAUCUGAGACUAAUUCUGGUCCUACCCUGAACAAUUCUGAAAUUGAAAAUUUGUCUCUUUUCAAAAUUUCCCCAAGGUGAUUCUGAUGUAGCCAGUUAUCACCAGUUGGUGGUGAGUUUAACAACUUUGGACCGACAUUUAGUUUUAGUUGUCUUAAAACUUCAUGUCGUCUUGCAUUAUCUUUAACUUGUUCUAUUUCUGUUUCAGGCUGUACUCUUUAGUGAGGGGAGAGGGUUGUAUAUUUCAUCACCAAUAGAAGACUUCCGUAUACUAUGACAAUUGCUCUAUCUUCUCAUUGUCCGUAGGCUUUAGAGAAGGGUUUUUGUUGUUGUUGCUGUUAAAGUUAAAAUAUAUAGGCAGUAAUGGUGCAAAGAAGUCAUUACGAAUUUGUAGUAAAAUCUUACUAAUUUAUAUGUGGACAUGGCAUAUGUGAAUUAAAUGUUUGAAAAAAAUGAUAGUGUUUUAGAGUUAAUAAAAUGUCUUUUGGGGACUUGGAUUAACAUACUAAAAUAAUUUUUAAUUAGUAAACAAUAAUUUUUAAAGUACUUAAGGAGACUUGAAAGUUCUACUAGGUGGAAUACACUUCCACUUUAGUGCCUUUAGCAAACUAGUUCAUAAUGGGUCAACUUCAGUUCCACCCCUUUUAAAUGUUGCCAUAUUCAAACUGAAGUCAGUGAGGUUCCAUAGGAUCCUAGGAUCAUUUUGCAUUUUGUGGACAGAGUAGAGAAAAUUAGAGAUGUUUGUGGGCUAUGGAGUUAAGAGAGUAGUGGGCAUUGUUUAAAUAAGUCUGGGACAAGAUGGAUAGAGUAUUGAAUGAUUAAAGGGAAAGCGAGGGAUGGAGGGAUAAAGGGUGAAAGUCCCUGAAGAGGGAGGUUCUUCCGACCUAAAAAUAGCAUCUAGUAGAAGGCUCAGGUGGGAUAUUAAUGGUACUGACAGGGAUUGUAACUUUAGACCCUUUGGAGAAAGGAGUGAAGUUUAAUGAAGUAUUUGGAAGCAAGACUAGACGUUUUUAGUCCCAUGCUGUCAUGUAAAUAUCAAGUUUCUAAGAUGCCUUAAAAGCUUCAGAAGAGAUGCAUUGAGAGUCAUAGAUUUGUUGAGGAGGAAAAAAGGUAUCCCAAUACCAGCAUUCCUUAGAAUGCUGAAUUAGGGUCUCCUGGAGAGCUUGUUAAGAGAUUUCUGGACCACCCCCAGAGUGUGAUUCAGUACAUGCUGCAUAGCCACGAAUAUACUUUCUUAACAAGUUCGCAGGUGAUGUUGCUGAUGGUCCAGGGACCACACUUUGAGAAUCACUGCCUGGGUAGUUCUCAGAACUCUAGAGAACUGAACAGAAACCUAGCUAUUUGGUCAGCUUAUUUGUAGAGGAAGCACAGAAGUGCAGAAGGAGAAACUGGCCUAGAGCCAGGCAUACAUUUAGAGGUCGAACUGGAAUUCGAACCUAAAUCUUCCAUUGUCAUUGAGAAUUGAGAAGAGUGAACGGUGUAAUGUAAAGAUUCCAGUUUUAGAGCCAUAUUGGAGCUUGGUUCCCAGUUCUGACAAUUCUGUCUGUAGCCUUGGAUAAGUCACUCAACAUCUCUGAAUCUAUCUCCUCAAUUGCACAGUGGAGAUAAUAAAUGGGAUUUAUUUAUAUAAAUACAUAGGAUUGUUGUGAGGGAUGUAGAUAGGGCUGCCAGGCAUCAUGCAUGUAUUAUAUAGUACAUGUCUUGUCAGAAUGCCCUAAAUAUUCUUUUUUCAAUACAUUACAAAAGUUGGGCAGUUAGAGCUAUUUUUCUGCCACAGUAAUUGGUGCUUAAAUCUGUUAAAUGGCAACACAAGGUGCCCUAGAUGGGGAAUAUGGGUAAAGUUCCUGGCACACGGUAAUUCCUUUCUCCUUUGAAGUCUCAGCACUUUUUUCUUAUAUUACCUCUUCUGGCACUUUUACUUUCUCCCUUACUAAAUUCUAAGUCCCAUGAGGGCUGGGGCCUUGUUCUUUCAUCCUCACAGCCCUUGGUCUAGAACCUCAAGCAUUAGACACGAUCCCAGCCCUUGAAGGUUGCUCAUAGGUUAUGGCACCUUCCCUUCAAUAACAACUGAACAUCUAUAGUGAGCAGCCACUGUACUUUAAAUACAUUCCCUGUCUUUCCCAGCAACCUUGUAAGGGAGUGGGCAACUUUACCUUAUAGAUGGUGAAACUAAGAUUCGUUGAGCAUAAGUAAUUUGCCAAAGGUCUCAAGGCUAGUAAACGCUGGAGCAAGGAUCUGGGGGCUGUCUGGCUUCACAUUGUUCUCUUUCCAUGGCAUCAUGUUGUUUCCCACAAUAAACCGAUAAAGUGAACAUGUGUUUAGUUUCUAAAGCUUAAGAAGAAAGAACCUGAAGAAGGCAGGCAAAUACUAAAGCCAGCGCAGCCCAGAAGCCAAGGAGCGCCCAGCUCAGGGUUGUGCAAACCAGCCCCCACAGGCCUGCAAGCCCCUCAUCAGCACCGAAGCUCCUGAGACCUCUACCUCAAGGCUGAAAGGACCAAGGUGAGAUAGUUUUCAGUCCAGUUCAUUUUCCUAUCCCAUUUUAGGUAGCACUC